AAACAGACGUUGAUUUCUUUCAAAUCUUAGGCUAAUAUCUACAAAAUCCACUUCGGAGUCACUCAGUGUGAAUAUUCGAACGCGAUCGGAGUUGAAAAUCAGUUUAGCAGCUAGUAGUACGCAUGAAGAUUUACAAUAUUUGGCCUCUUAUCGCAGCUCGCACCUGGCUGAGGAGUCAAAAUUUUGUCACUGGCGCAUGCGCAUUCUAAGUACCUGGUGUACGUGGAGACACAAGUAUCUACGUUAUUACACAUUCUAAUGUUAUUUGGUGCUUAAAGUUGUUAAGCCGCUAAUAGACGAUGGCGAAUCGACGAAGUUUUAUGUUAUCUCAUGAAAAUUUAGAAGAUCUCUGCAAUCAUUUCAACACUUUGGAUAAAGAUGGCAAUGGAUACUUAGAUGUUAGUGAAUUAAAACAGGCUUUGGAGAUCGUUGGCUUUAAGAUUCCACAAUGGCAAGUUCGCCAAAUGAUUGAUGACAUGGAAAGAGGACACACUGGCAUUAGAAAAGGAGAGUUGUCCUUCGAUGAUUUUCAAAUGAUUUAUAGUGAAUUAAAAUCAAAAGAGGUGACUAAUGUAUUCAAGACUGCUGUAUCAAAACGAGAAAAUUUGCAACAUUUAGGUGGAAUGUCAGAAGCUUCAAGCGAAGGUACAACUCAUUCUGUGAGACAUGAAGAACAAGUAGCCUUUUCAGAUUGGAUUAAUUCAAAUCUAGGAAGAGAUCCUGAUUUGAAACAUUUAUUGCCAAUUGAUAGUGAAGGCAAAGCAUUAUAUGAUAAAUUGAAAGAUGGUAUACUUUUGUGCAAAAUCAUCAAUCAUUCUUGUCCAGACACUAUUGAUGAAAGGGUAAUCAACAAAAAAAACUUAACAUUAUACACAAAGCACGAAAAUUUAACUUUAGCUUUAAAUUCUUCUCAAGCUAUUGGCUGCAAUGUUAUAAAUAUUGAUGCCCAUGAUUUAGCCAAAGGGAAACCUCAUUUGGUGCUGGGAUUACUGUGGCAAAUUAUUAGAAUUGGGCUCUUCAACCAGAUAUCUUUAGAACAUUGCCCUGGACUGGUCCAGUUAGUUAGUAGUGGUGAAGAUAUGUCUGAUCUUAUGAAAUUAUCCCCUGAAAAUAUCCUUCUAAGAUGGGUAAAUUAUCAUUUAGAGCGGGCUGGAUCUCAAAGAAGAAUUACUAAUUUUACAACAGAUAUUAAGGACUCUGAAAUUUACACACAGCUGUUGAAACAAAUUGCUCCAUUAGAUUCUGGUGUUACACUGGAACCAAUGACAAAAUCAGAUUUGUUAGAAAGGGCAGAAGUAAUGCUGAAACAAGCAGAUAAAAUUGGUUGUCGAAGUUUUUUGACACCAAACGAUGUUAUUGAUGGAGUGUACAAGUUAAAUGUAGCUUUUGUGGCCAAUCUUUUCAAUAACCAUCCUGCUUUAGAUCAGCCUGAUGAACCUAUUGAAAUGGUUAGUUUAGAAGAAACACGAGAGGAAAAGACUUAUAGAAAUUGGAUGAAUAGCAUGGGUGUAUCUCCAUAUGUUAAUUGGUUGUACAGUGACCUUACCAAUGGAUUGGUAAUAUUUCAGCUGUAUGAUACAAUUAAACCAGGUAUUGUUGAUUGGAAUCGUGUACACAAAACUUUUAGCAAACUGAAAGCCUUCAUGGAAAAAUUGGAAAAUUGCAAUUAUGCAGUAUUGCUUGGUAAAGAGUUAAAAUUUUCUUUGGUUGGUAUUGCUGGACAUGAUAUUUCUGAAGGAAAUCCUACUCUUACUCUUGCUUUAGUGUGGCAAUUGAUGAGAGCGUAUACACUCACUAUUUUGACUCAGUUAGCUAAUACUGGCCAUCCUGUAGUUGAAAAAGAGAUUGUUGAAUGGGUGAAUAAUAAACUCAAGGAAGCAGGGAAAGAGACAUACAUAAGAAGCUUUCAGGACUCAUCAAUUUCUACCGCAUUACCUAUUAUUAAUCUAAUUGACAGUAUUCAACCUGGAUCAAUUAAUUACAGUCAAGUACUAACUGCUGACUUACCAGAAGAUAGGAUGGCUAAUGCUAAAUAUGCAAUAUCUAUGGCUAGAAAAAUUGGUGCUAAAAUUUAUGCUUUGCCAGAAGACAUAACUGAAGUUAAGCAGAAGAUGGUUAUGACAGUAUUUGCAUGCUUAAUGGCAAGAGGCUAUAUUCCAAACAUGGGUGAUAAAAUCAUAGAACAAUAAUACCAGUGAUUGUCUUCUGAAAGUUCAGACUUCUGUGACAAUGUAUACAUACUUUUUUUAGAAACAUUAUUUUAAACAUUUGAUCUAAGUCAAAAUAUUUUAAUAUGCCUUAUAUUGUUAUUUUUUAUUGUUUUAAUGUUGUUAAGGGGAGCAAUUGUAAAAGUACUCUCCCAUGAAAGCGUCAAUGAUCACUAUGAAUAUUUUCCUCUUGUGUAUUAUUUUUACUUAGUUAUUAUGGUUAUGUUUUUAAUUUGUUUAUUAUGAUUUAUUUGUAUUUCAUUCACAAAAUAUCUAACAUCGUAUAUUAUCUUAUUCAUUAAAAAUACUCUAAUCUUGCCUUUUCAUUGUAUGUAUUUUUAUAUAUUUCAGUAAUUUUUAAUACUCGUAUAGUUUUAUAUAUUUUGUAAAUUUUAUAAAUGUUUAUGACUUUGUAAAUAUGAUUACAUUUUACUAUUGCUAUUGUGGAA